UGGGCUUUAAAAAUGACAUAACCACACUUUCAUCAUAUGUUAAACGACCAACAAAAACAUGGCUCUAUCUCAACAAUACGUUGGAUUAAUGCUUGUACCAUGGUUCAAUAGGGAAGAAUGGGACCAUGUCUACGAUUUGUUGUACGAACACAAAGACCUUAGGGGCGCACAAUCGCUUUUGAAAAUUUGGAAGCAACGUACCCCUAAACUACCAAGCGCCGUUGAAUGUACGCUUAUUAUUGUGGACGCGUACCUAUUUAAAGACAGCUCGUCUGAAGACCGCACCCGCCUCUUGUAUUCUGCAUCGAUUAUGAGAUUUCUGAACUUGUGCUGUUCACAAGAGGAUAAGCAAGGCACUUUUACGCAAAAAGCUAAGUCGCACAAUUUCCCCGAAUGGAUCGUUAAUAUGAGACACGACAUCGCUCACAGCUGUAGUGUACCGUCCUUGGAGCUGCUCAUUUGCGCUCUCGACUUUUGCCACGACUGGAUUCGCGACAACUACUGGGAACGGCAGAAGACGAUGUUAGAAAGUUACAGCCCGCUUAAAUCGGUAUCGAAGGAUGAAGUCGCGUCCGCGUUGAAGACCUACUGCCGAAUUGUCUCGUUGCGGUAUCUGAAGAGUUGCGUAAAAACGGCCCGCGAAAUCGAAUGUUACGAGUCCAAAUUGAAGCUGCUCAUUAGCGACUAUCGUUGGGACAAUAUGGACUCGAUCAGGACAGUUCUGAGUCGCUUGCUUCGCCGACUCACCGACGAAGUCGGAGAAGUGAGGCAGAGCUGGCUCAAGGAGUUGAUUGUAGAAACGAUCAUUUUAGAUGGGGGGCUGUUGUGCGUUUAUACAAGGGAUAGGGCGUAUUUUGAUGUGGAAUCGGCUGAUAGGUUGCCGAAAGAUGUUCUGAACAUUUGGGACGAUUUGCUCGAUUUUGUUUUAGAUGUCGGAUGCUUGCAACUGCUACUGGAGCGGUUGCUUCGCGUUGUCAAUAACGAAAUAGCACAAGCGGGAAUGAGAAGGAUAUGCGGUCUUUGGAUCGCGUACUUGCUGGAAAGGUUGCUGCUAACUAAGCUGAUUAAACAGGCGCACGUGAAGGAUAACAUAAAAAAAUCGGUAUUCCAAAAGUACCCGAACAUGCGGACGUUAUCGCCGUUCGUGUAUCACUCAGAAAUCGAGGCUAUCUUUUCUACGGUGCGACAUCUGAAGGAAAUCGCCGAAGACAACCCCAACGUGUACACCCUUCUAUUUAUAGAGAGCCUUUUGGAACUGUGCGAAGCGUCGGCGAAGGAGGCCGAGUUUGUGGAGGUGAUUCGAAUAUUGGUCAAUUCUAAAACGCACACAGCGGAAAGUGUAGGGGACUUUGACGAGUUGAGCGACGACGUAUGUCUCGAUAGUCUUCGCAGCGUUCCAGCUGGUACAAGCAAACGUACAGAAAAGGCGGAACCGGUACCAAAGUGCCGUUUUAUACCUGUAAAAGACUUUUCCAUAUUUGAGAAUUGCGCAAUGGGAAUACUGAAACAUCAGAACGCAAAUAUCAAUCCAUGUUUGGUGAACGAGUACAAUCUGUGAUCGAAUCUCCUAUUAAGCCAAUGUUAAAUUCAGCUAAUGUAACAAGUAAUGGAGGUUUUAUUUAGCUUUUGUGUAACUGAGUAUACUAUCUACGGUAGAAAACUAAAUUAAAUCUUAUUCUAAUUUUUUUGUGGUGAAUUUGUCUUCGUUGCUCUCGACCUGUGAGUAUUGCAAGGCAACUGGAAAACUUUAUCGUUGUAGGAAAGAAAAUAAUCGUUUUUUUAAUAAAAUGUAAAUAAUUUGU